AAACUGCUUGGAUCAGAUCAUUCGCCUUGUUCUGGGCGUGUCGGGGACAAGGGCUGCCUUCAUGAGCUGCUCUAAUGCCUUGUUGGCUGCUACAGGGAAACAUCUGGCUGGGCGGCAGAUUUCGUUGGAGAGAGGGCGAUGAAUUCAUGUUCGUCUUUAUCUCUCAGCAGCCACACGAUGAUCCCCCUGUGGGAGAUGAGCACCCCCAUGUGUCCGUCUGACCGACCCCCACAUCUGGAACUUGAACCGGAAAUCUCUCGCAGGUCCUUUCUGCACGGCUGACGCUGGAGAGAUCUCAAGAGCAGGAGCCCCUGGACCGCUACUGGAGAGAGAAUUCUGGAACUGAGUCGUUGCUCUUCUUGUGUGUCCUUGAUCUUACUGUGCCUAGAGACGCAGCUGUCAAAUGAACAGGGGUUUAUGAGCUACCAAGCUAGCUGCCCUUCCGCCAUUCUCAACCAACCCAGCAACUGCCAUCUGCUAAUAACCAGCCAUGAACUCCGGACAGUCUUCCCACCUCUUGGGCUGCCUCUUGAUGUUUGCGGCUGCUCUGGCCACAGAUCAGAUGCCAAGGCUAUCCUUCCGGAAAGGGGAUUCCAGCCGAAUAGUUUCCUCAUUCCAACGAAAGGGGGUUCAGAAUUACGACACUUUUCUCCUGAGCAAAGAUGGGGCAACUCUCUAUGUGGGAGCCAGAGAUGCUAUCCUUGCUCUUGACAUCAGCAGCCCUGCCUCCAUGAGGCUGAAGGGUGAGAUACUGUGGGGCCCCACAGCCACAAAAAAGGAUGAGUGCGUCUUCAAGAAGAAAAGCAAUGAGACAGAGUGUUUCAAUUUCAUCCGUGUCCUGGUGCAGCUGAACGACACACACCUUUAUGCCUGCGGGACGUACGCUUUCAGCCCCACCUGCACUUACGUUGACCUGGAUAAUUUUACCCUGGCGACUGAUGCAAAUGGCAAACCUCUCCUCCUAGAAGGGAAGGGCAUUUGCCCCUUUGACCCUCAACAUCAGAAUACAGCAAUCGUAGUCGAUGGCGAACUUUACACGGGUACCAGGAACAACUUUCAAGGCAACGAGGCCAUCAUCACUCGCACCCUGGGCAGCAGGACUGUUUUGAAGACAGAUAACUGGCUGCAUGGUGAUGCAGCUUUUGUGGCCUCCUUCAACAUCCCGGUUGACGACAAAGUCUACUUUUUCUUUGGGGAAACAGCUAAGGAGUUUGACUUCUUUGAGAAACUGACUGUCUCCAGGGUGGCUCGUGUCUGCAAGAAUGAUGUUGGAGGAGACAAGGUGUUGCAAAGGAAAUGGACCACAUUUCUGAAAGCUCAGCUUUCUUGCACCCAGCAGGGGCAGUUCCCUUAUACCGUCAUCCAACACAUGUUUGCCCUCCCACAGCCAGGAGGUGGCGCUGAUUUCUACGGUGUCUUCGGUUCUCAGUGGCAGGCAGGAAAUCUUGGGAGCUCAGCAGUGUGUGCCUUCAGGCACGAUGCUAUCAAAAAAGCCUUUGAUGGGAAAUACAAAGAGUUGAACAAGGACUGUUCCCGAUGGAUGACCUACAACGGCCAGGCCAUGGACCCUCGUCCUGGCAGUUGUUCUGUCGGCCCGUCUUCAGACAAAGCUCUGACGUUCAUGAAAGACCACUACCUGAUGGAUGAGAAGAUUGAGCCAACCCAUAACCAACCUCUGCUGGUGAAGCAAAACGUUAAAUACACCCGGGUUGUGGUGCACCAGACUCAGAACAACUUGGGACAUCCCUACAACGUGAUGUUUCUUGGGACAGACAAAGGUGCCCUUCACAAAGCCGUGGUCGUUGGCACCGAGGCUCACAUCAUUGAGGAGAUCCAGCUGUUUGAGAAGCCAGAGGCGGUCCAAAACCUGCUGCUCUCUUCUGAAAAGGGGAUUCUGUAUGUGGGCUAUUCCACGGCAGUCCUGCAAGUGCCCUUGGCGAACUGCAGCAUCUACACAACCUGUGCCAACUGUGUUUUAGCGCGAGAUCCUUACUGUGGCUGGGAUGGGCAGAAUUGCCGAGAUAUCCGGGGUGCUACAGAGAACCUGAAUGACUUGGUGCAGAAUAUCGAGACAGGGAAGCCAGAUCCUGGGUGCCAGCCCAAGAGCGGAAUUGGCAGAGCCAUACCAAGGACUCGGAGUGGCCCUGAAGGCAGUUUGCUAACAAUUAUGACCGCUUCGUUCAACACCAUGGUGAGGCUGCCCUGCCCGCAGGCUUCCGCUCUGGCCAACUACUCAUGGAACUACCCGGACAGGAAGAUUCCGGACAGGCUGAUCCUAGAGGACGACAAGGCCCUAGUCAUCAUUGUGCAUGAGGAGACGUUGGGUCUCUAUGAGUGCUGGGCCAGCGAGAACGGCUACCAGCAAUCUGUGGCGCGCUACCACGUGAGGACCCACGACUCCCCUGCCAGGGUGGACAGAGCCCGCGAAUCAUAUGCUGAUGGGCAGCCAGUGGGGGAGUAUCGCUCCUACUGGGUCCAGUUUGUCACUGUGACGGUGCUGCUGUCAAUGACCUUGGCCGUCGUGGUAGCGUUGGCCUUUUUCUCCUACCACGACAAGCUGAAAGCAAGGAGCAAAGUGCAGGGCUGCAGCAGCCUCCCUGACGCCAGUAAGGCCUCCGGGCAAGAGAAGGUCCCUCUCAAUAGCAGCCAGAUCCCCCCGCAAAGCAGCGAAUACCAGAUGCAGGGCCCUUGCCAGGAAGCUGCCGACAGCUCCAAAACCUGCUGCGUUGAAGUGGGGGGGCCCUUUCAGGACAUCGACGCUGACAACAACCGCUUGAACUCGGGCCUGGCCAAUGGGGACGACUCUAGAGCGGCCGUGGCAGCGGAGGGGAUCUAGCCUGGCCUACCUUGUCGCCCGCCAGCUGUUGCCGGGAGCAACCGUUAGCGAUUGCAGCAAAUUCACACAGGCAACCUGACAAAAACAAACAAAAAACCCAGAAGUCUUGGCACUACUGUGGUGCUCUUUUGAAACACCACCAGAAAACACAGAGUUACCUCUGAUUUCAGUAUUUCCCCCCCUCCCCCUUUUCUGGUCUGUUCAAUGCCACGUAAAACCCAGGGCUUAGUGUUGCA